AGAGCAGUGGAGGAGCAGCAGGAGGAGAGUGAAGCAGCAUUCAGCAUCAGCAGCUCUGCAGGAGGGACAGAGGCUUAAAGGGAAGAGGACACUGCAAUGUUUUACAUCACUCCAAGUCUAAGAGCCAACAGUGUAUCAGCAAAUACUGAAUUGAAAUUUUUCGAGUGCUGAACUGAGUAGAAUAAAAUACGUUGCCAUUUACAAAACAAAACAUCAUUCAUUCAUUUGAUUGUGUUCCUCUCUUUAAACAUGGCAUUAGUGUUGCCUUUCCUGCUUCUGCUUCUGCUUCUGCCAAGUCCUGCCCUCUCCAGUCAACAUCUGCAGACAAGAGCUCAACGUGUCUCCAGAGACAUCAAACCCCAGCCUAUUAAACUUGUUAUUUCGGACACAUGUGCACAAGAUGGGGCCACAGAGAGAGAGAUAGACUUGGAUCCUGAUUCUCCUCUGGUCUUGACCCAUCGAAUCCGUCUGGUGCCAGGGCCAGGUUCAGCUUGUGGUCAGUGUGAGCUGGAAUUCGCAGCCCUGCGUGAGCGUAUUGAAAGACUGGAGAAGGAGGUGUCUGAUCUGAGGGAGAAAUGUGGAGGUCCAGAAGGAUGCUGCAGCUCCCAGCAGAGCAAAGGUGCGGUCUGUACCACUGUUCGUCCCACGAUCGACGAGUGUCCGGAUGACUGCAGUGACCAGGGUCGCUGUGUAGAUGGCAAAUGUGUGUGUUUCCCAGGAUUCAGUGGGCCUGACUGCAGCAUGCCAGACUGCCCUGAUGACUGCAGCAGCCGGGGCCGAUGUGUGAACGGCCAGUGUGUGUGUGACCCAGGCUUUACCGGCCCUGAGUGCUCCUCCAGCACAUGUCCUGAUCUUGACCUGUCAUUUCCCAAUGGAUAA